UGCUGGCUCAUUUUUUAUACCAACAGACAAGAAGCUACAACCUUUCUGCUUCACUCCCAAACACAACGAGAAAUUGGCUAGUUACCGAGAACCUAAUAGCUUUUAUAUAAUCAUAAAUAGUCUUUUAUUGGAAACCACUAUCCGGAAACUAUGGCGGAGAGCGACUGGGACACGGUGACUGUAUUGAGGAAGAAGGGCCCGUCUUCAGCACAGGCCAAAUCCAAACAGGCUAUCAACGCUGCCCAAAGACGUGGAGAAGAAGUGGAGACCACCAAGAAAUGGGCAGCAGGACAGAAUAAACAGCACUUGGUGACCAAGAACACUGCUAAACUGGACCGUGAAACAGAAGAACUGCACCACGAAAGAGUGACGCUGGAGGUGGGCAAAGUCAUCCAGCAAGGCCGUCAAGAAAAGGGAAUGACUCAGAAAGACCUGGCUACUAAAAUUAAUGAGAAGCCUCAGGUCAUCGCUGACUAUGAAUGUGGCAAAGCGAUCCCAAACAACCAGAUUAUGGGCAAGCUCGAGAGAGCACUUGGAAUGAAGUUGCGUGGGAAAUAUAUUGGACAACCCUUGGAGCCCAAGACGAAAUGAGGACAAAGCCUCGAAAUCAGCCCUUCCCUCCCUUCGUCCUUUCCUCCCUCCAUCUUCCCCUCAAAUCACACUAACAAUAUUUGUCUCUCACACAAGCUUGAGUUACUUACACUUAUUAGACUAAAACGGCAAACAAAACUGACAUUACCUAUAAUAUGGAGGUAACCAUGAACAUAUUUCUAAAGUUGCCCUUGCUGUGAUGAUUGUAUUGCUACACAACUACACUGCCACCUAAUGUUCUGGAAGACAAAUGUCUUACCCCAACCUUAUAAUUGGCCUCAGUUCUUAGGCUACCUUGUUCUUUUGCAUUUAGAAUAGUGUAAAAGACAAAUCAGCUUCCUAUAAUUUUGGCUCCCUCUGACCGUCCUGUUCCCCACCACCAACCCCCUCCCCACCCUGGGCUGAUCUCACUGCCGUCCUGUUGUUGGACUCAGUGCUUCACUGCAUGCACAAGCUGCAUUGUAAUACAAACACCUUUAAAAUAAAGGCCAACUAUGUUGCAAGACGUAAUAAAUCCUAAGUGCUGCAAUGAUUUUGAUAAAUUACUGCUCUGGCAUGAAAACCUUUUUUUUCUUUUCUUUUUUUUUUCCUUUAUAUAAAAAUUUUGAAAUUUCAUUAAAUUGCCAAAUUGAUGCAAAAAUGUAA